GUUGUGCCCUCCUCAUGUGGCGGAGAAGCAGCCAACAAGGCUGGGUGGUAAUUGAGGGAAAAAAAACAAUAAUGGUAAGAUGCAGGUGGCAAAUGCAGUUGGAUGGUGAAUGGAUUAGCUCCCCAACCAUUCCAAUUGAAUAUGUCCCCUCCAUUUUAUGCUAUAAAAGGGAUGCCUAGUUCCUUUCUGAAACCAUCCCUCACCAUUCCAUCAUUCUCCAUUUCCUUUGCUCUGCUUCUGUUCGUAUUUCUUUUGUGGGUUUUUGGUAGUGAAACGUUUUCACUACCACGGGUAGAUAGGAGAUUUCCUUGUGAGUGAAAUAGUGAGGUUGUUUGGGAAACACCGUGUGUUCUAUUUCUUGUAUCGAGAAAAUCUCUGUAACCUACCAUUGUUAUAGUAAAGAAAUACUCCGGAGCUGCUGUUCCCGUGGACUGGCCCAAAAUCAGGGUAUACCCC